AUGGCCGAGGCCGCGGAGCUGGAGGGGGCCUCCCCAGAUCCCCAGGGGCCGCCUGAGGGCCCCGCGCCUCGGGCGGAGAAACCUGGCGAGCUGGGGGCCGCGGGCCAGGAGGCGGAGCGGGAGGAGGCCAGCGAGGGCGCCGCGGAGGCGCCGAGGAGCGAGGGGGCGGGCGCAGCCGCGACGGCCGCGGUGAACCAGGCGGAAGGCACCGAUCCCGACGGAGGGUGCGCGGGCGAGCCGGAGCCGGGCGCGGACAGUGGCCCGGGGGCCGAGACGCAAGGCGCGAGGGCAGCGCAGGGCGAGGCGGAGGCCGAGGAGGGCGCCCCAGGGUGCGCCGAGGUCCCCCAGGGAGAGGAGGCGAGCGGCGCCGAACAGGUGGAGGAGGCGAGCCCCGGCUGCGGCACGCAGGGCGAAGCCUCGAGGGAGGUUCAGGGGGAGCCCGGGGAGCCCGAGGCCCCCGGGGAGAAGGAGAAAGCGGAGCAAGGGCCGGAGGAACCCGGAGGCGGCACGCCGGGGGCCAGCAUGGAAGCCGCGGGGCAGGCGGGAGGGGCGCACGGGGCCGAGGGUGAACCCCGGGACGGAGGGGACCCCAGCCCCCAGCUCCAGGCCGAGGCCACGGAGGCCGCAGCGGCGGAGAUUGGGGGGUGCGGCCCCGGGGGGCUUGCAGGGGAGCCUCGGGGUGCAGCGGCGGGCGCCGCCGCCGACGAGACGGGGGCCCCGGGGACAGAAGAGUCGGAGGAAGUGGCCCCGGGGGACGCGAGGGCGGAAGCUGUCGAGGACGGGGACCAGGGUGGACCCCAGGAGGAGAUGGAGGAGGCAGAGGAGGAGAGGCAAGAGCGCGGCCCGGAGGGGCCAGGCGAGCAGGCCGCAGCCGGGGGCGAGGAGGAGCCCCCAGACAGCAGCAGCGCGCCGGCGGAGGCGGCCGCGCCAAGCGGGGCCGCGGAGGCGGAGGCCGAGCAGCCGGAGGCCGAGCAGCCGGAGGCCGAACUCAGCAACCACCUGGCGGAGGAGGGCAGCGUCGAGGGCGGGGACGAGACCGCGCGGGUGAACGGCCGCCGGGAGGACGGCGAGGCGUCGGAGGAGGGGGCCCCGCGGCAGGAGCACGACAUCACCCUCUUCGUGAAGGCUGGUUAUGAUGGUGAGAGUAUUGGGAAUUGCCCGUUUUCCCAGCGCCUCUUUAUGAUUCUCUGGCUAAAGGGCGUUAUAUUUAAUGUGACAACAGUGGACCUGAAGAGGAAACCCGCAGACCUGCAAAAUCUGGCUCCUGGAACAAACCCUCCCUUUAUGACUUUUGAUGGUGAAGUCAAGACGGAUGUGAAUAAGAUCGAGGAGUUCUUGGAGGAGAAACUGGCUCCCCCGAGGUACCCUAAGCUGGGGACCCAACACCCUGACUCUAACUUUGCCGGAAAUGAUGUGUUUGCCAAAUUCUCCGCAUUUAUAAAAAACACCAAGAAGGAUGCAAACGAGAUUUAUGAAAAGAACCUGUUGAAGGCCCUGAAGAAGCUGGAUAAUUACUUAAAUAGCCCUUUGCCUGAUGAAAUCGAUGCUUACAGCACUGAGGACGUCGCUGUUUCUGGAAGGAAGUUCCUGGAUGGGGAUGAGCUCACGUUAGCCGACUGUAACCUCUUACCCAAGCUUCACAUUAUAAAGAUCGUGGCCAAGAGAUACAGAGAUUUUGAAUUUCCUUCUGAAAUGACUGGCAUCUGGAGAUACUUGAACAAUGCUUAUGCUAGGGAUGAGUUCACGAAUACAUGUCCAGCUGACCAGGAGAUUGAACAUGCAUAUUCAGAUGUUGCAAAAAGAAUGAAGUGAAGCCAGAGUGUUUUCAGUCUUAUUUCUUGGCUGUAUGAACUAGGCUAUGAUGAGAGUGUGUUCUUUGUGAGUGUGUACUUUGUAUUCCUUCCAAAAACCAUAAUGCCCAUAUUUUAAUAAUACUGUAUCAUAGUGAGAGCCACUCAACACCAAAUGGUACAUGGCCUUGUGAUUUGUCAACUCACUUGUGUGACUGAAUAAUACCGAUAUCUAUUGUGACACCCACCACUUGUCCAAUUGACUUCUUAAUUUACUUCUUCGGCAUUCGCGGACCCUGUAAACCAUGAUAUUAGGACAUGUGCUUUGCAGUUUAAGGUUCAAGACAAAUUAGAUUUGAGUUCAAUUCCUCCUUCAAUUAAAAAAAAUUCAUCUGUCUCUGAUAGUUUUCAUAAUCAUCAUAUACAGCUUAUUUUUCUCCUCUAAAAUAGUUUUUUUUUACAGAACUAAAAUACUGUUUUUACAGUCACAAGAUGAUUACAUGCCUAUUUUAAUAUUUUAAAACAAUGUGAGAGAAUAUAAGGAAGAAAAAAAAACCACUACCUAAAAUUUCACUCCACCUAGAUAAUUGCCGGUAACUUAUUGGUGAACAUCUUCUCCUUCCUUAGUCUCUCACAGACGUUCACACUGCACACAACUCCAUUCCUAUGAAAUCAGUGAGGGGGCCUGUGGGUGAAGCCCUGAUGAUCAUCCAUAGAGGAUCCAAAAAGAUCCGGCACUGCAGAGCUAGAGGCUGCUUGAGAUCAGGUUUCACAGGUGGAGAACUGGAGUCCACAGAUCCGCAGGGACCUGCAGGGACCACAGGGGCUGGGAGCUAUGGGAGGUCCCCUCUCUGCCUCGUUACCACCUUGGUGAUGGCAGCUGUCUCUGGAUCCCAGGGCAGGCAGCGGAGGAGAGUGCACAUGGCCUUUUGUUCCAGCUUCCUUUUGGAUGCCUUCUCUCACUCCCUCCCCUCUCAUGAGACCAUGCCUUCCUGUGGAUGCUCAACGUCAGCUGCAUGUUGGAGGAUCCUCCUGUCUUGUGGUGAAAUGUGAACCAAGCACACUUUGAUUCCUUCUAAGGGCUGCCCUCUCUAAGACCCAGCACUGUGCUUCUUCAACGAUGAUGGGGUGUGGGACUAGCCUGGUUCUUGUUGCUUCUCUGGUCAGGCAGGGAAAUUCCAGGGGGAUUGAAUUCAUGGUGACUACUCUUGGGUAGUUCUGGUAACCAGUCAAGUUGGGGAGGAAGUGGAAACUCAGGCUCGAGAGUUUUCUGGUUUGUCUGUGGCUUCCCUGCCACCUCGCCCUACAGCCAGCCUCUCGUCUGUAGUGCGUCUGGGCUGGGCAGCCGGGCUCCAGCUGAAGGCACAGGAGACGGUGUAGAAGGCUGUGUAGAUACGCAUCACGACCCUUCUGGGUUUGAGCAUUCUCGAGCAUUCUCGGGGCUGCGUUCCUUUGACGUUUACAUACAUCUUAUAGAAACCCUCUUGUCCAUUUGGUGGUAGCCUGUGGUUGAUGCUAAAUGCUCAUUUAAAAAAAAAUAUGCAUUUGCUCCAUGGGCAUUUAUUUGGAAAAGAAU